AUGGCGGGGAACAAGCCGUCAGCAAAACUUGAAAAGCAGCCUGGAACCAUACCUGCCCCGGUCGUAUCGUCUCCGGCACCCGCUCGCGGUCGGUGCCUCUUGCGGCGAACGGUGCUCGUUGGAAUUGCGGCUAUUGCCACGUUCUACUAUGUGGGCUCCUUGGUCUGUCAGAUCAACCGGGAAAUCAACGCCCAGCAAGGCUUGUGGCUUGCGAAAGCGUUUGGAGGGCACUCGCAGAAAGGAUUCAAACACAAAGCGGCACCUUUUGGAAAGGUUGCGGAGGAGAUAUUCCUCGCGGUCCCCAACCCUGCUAGUGCCUUGGCCACCUCCCGUCAGUACGCAACUGCCCCUCAUCUCGCAGGCUCCGAAGGCGACUACAAGACUGCGACUGACUUUCUCGCCCUGCUACAGUCAGAGCUCGGCAUUUCCGCUUCAUCACCGCUCCCCGUCUUCCCCGCUGGCUCUUCCGAGUCGCGCGGUGCCACACUUUCCAUCACCUCUUCGUCCCCUUCCAAGCCAUCUGCCUGGAUCGACGUAUAUUACCCUGUCAUGAACACACCUCUUGAUCGCAGUCUGGAAAUACUCGAUGAAGACGGCAACGCUGUGUGGGCUGCCAACCUUGAGGAGCAGGCAGAUGAGACGGAUUCGGAUGCUGGGAAAUACGCCGAUGCUGUCCCGACUUUCCAUGGAUUGAGCAGGGGUGGGGAAGCAGCAGGCAAACUGGUGUAUGCGAACUAUGGAAGGAAGCAAGACUACGACGCGCUAGUCGCUUCAGGUGUCGAACUCAAUGGUACAAUUGUCAUCACCCGAUAUGGAGGGAUCUUCCGUGGGCUCAAGGUCAAGGGAGCACAAGACCUCGGCGCCGUCGCUUGUCUUAUAUAUUCGGACCCUCGUGAUGAUGGGACCGUCACCCAGGAGAAUGGCUAUGAGGCAUAUCCUAAUGGCCCCGCACGCAACCCAACAUCCGUUCAGCGCGGCAGCACGCAAUUCUUGUCUAUUUACCCCGGAGACCCAACGACUCCCGGAUAUCCCUCAUACGAGAACAGUACCCGUACGGAAGGGACUAAUAUUCCCACCAUUCCAAGUCUACCCAUUUCGUGGGCUAAUGCCAAGGUGCUUUUGGACGAAAUUGAAGAAGGCGGUGGUAAUCGCACGAUAUCGUUAGUUAACCAUGUUGAUGAUAGGGUGAUUCCGAUCUGGAAUACGAUGGGUGUAAUACCGGGAUAUAUCAAGGACGAGGUCGUUGUUAUUGGAAACCACCGUGAUGUUGCUCAUUGCAUACGUGCAGCUUGGGUCUUGGGUGCCACUGACCCCUCAUCUGGUACUGCUUCGAUCCACGAGGUAAUCCGUGGCCUCGGUGUACUGCUCAAGCAAGGCUGGAAGCCUCUUCGAACUAUCCUCAUCGCUAGCUGGGACGCCGAAGAGUAUGGUCUGAUCGGAAGCACCGAAUGGGGCGAAGACUUUGCGGAUUGGAUCGACGAACACGUCGUUGCGUAUGUGAAUCUCGAUUCAUCUGUGUCUGGAUCUAGCUUCUACAGCGCUGCCUCUCCGUCCCUUUCCCAUUUCAUGCGUUCUGCAGCAGAAACCAUUGCACAUCCUACCAAACCUGGCCUUACACUUUGGGAUGCCACAAAAGACAAAGGCCCUUUAUACGGCAAUCACAUCGACGCAGAAGCGCUUUCCGUUUACGAAGAGGAGCAGGCUCAAAUGGCAGCUGAUGACCUUGGCGUCAACGUCUUAGGCUCCGGCAGUGAUUAUACGGUGUUCCUUCAACGUAUUGGUGUGGCGAGUACGAAUAACGGCUUCAAGUCGACGUUGUCUGAUCCGGUAUACCACUACCAUUCUGUCUUCGACUCGGAACGGUGGCAGGAAUUAUAUGCUGACCCGGGAUUUUUACGUCAUGUCGCAAUUGCCCGAUUCUUGGGCCUCCAGACCUUGAGGCUUGCUGAUUCCAUCGUCCUCCCUCUGAAUACAACCCACUAUUCAGUGCAACUGGAUGCGUAUCUUGACAAAGUGGAACAGCUGAGGUCAUCGAUGGCGCUUGACGUUGAUUUCUCGUCUCUGCGCGAAUCGAUCAGCUCGCUGCGUGCUGCAAGCGUGGCCCUCGAUAACGAAAAGUCGGAAGCAGAAAGCGAGCUCAGGCACCUCAUUAGGCGCAUUGCACGACGCAAGUUUGUCAGAGACCACAUCCGCAAGGCGUGGUGCAAGCUGCGGAAGAUCUUCCGUAAGCCGUGCAAGCACCGCAAGCACGAGGCGGGAGAGGAGUACGGACACCGCGGCAAUGAGGAGCACGCACGCCCUCGUGCUGGCCACGCUCAUCCCGCGUCGCCAGCACGCACAAUCGAAGGUCGGACGGUAAAGCCACGCGUUGGGCGCUGGGCAGGCAUGCUCAAGGAGCAACGUGAGCGCGAGCACGGGCGCGACAGUGCAGACAAGCAUGUGCGUGGUCAGAAGUGCCACAUCGAAGCUCACGACGGGAAAGACAAGGAGCUCCGCGAGGCGUUCGUGCGUGCCGUCAAGCGUGUGCGCGCUGCGAAUAAGAAGCUGGUCGCGUUUGAACGGGGGUUCAUCCAUCCUGAUGGUAUCAGGGACCGUGAGUGGUACCGCCACCUCGGUGUCGCUCCGGGAAAAUGGCUGGGCUAUGGUGCCACCACGCUGCCCGCCCUCACGGAGUCGAUUACAUUUGAUGCCAAUGCGACCAUGGCGAAAUAUGAAGCUGGAAGGCUGAAGGUUCUCUUUGACAAACUCGCGGAGGAGAUCCAAGUUUAA